AUGACUUCAGCAGAACAGAAACGCAAGAUAAAUAGAGCUCGUGUGUUGGAACGGCUACAAAAGAAGAGAUUGGGCAAUGUAUCAGUCCAGGGGGAUAACACCGCGUCCUUAAGCGCAACAAGUGAGACCAACCAGGGAUCAAAGCGGCCACUCAGCCAGAUAGUGGACUCGCCAUCUAAUUCCCUCAAAUCGAAAUUUAUUGAUUUUGAAGCCGAUGGGUCCGUCAAGAGAUCUAAAAGCCAAAAGCAAGUUGAACAAGUUGAACAGAAUAGACUAAAGGCGAUAGAAAUACAGAAUAGACUACGCGAUCGAAAAGAGUCUAAUCGACAAACACUGGCCCCAAACACAGAGGUAACUUAUGGCCCAAUUACCGAUUUGGAGAAAAUUAGAUUAAACAAAAAUAACCCCGAUGCUGUAUUUGAUUCUCGCAAGGGUAAAUUCCAACCAGCGCCAAUUCAAAAAAGGGAUUAUAUUGAGUAUGACUUUGCCACGAUGCAGGAUACGAAGGGUGGGUUUAUACACGACGAAGACCGUCCGCGCGUUGAUGAAGAAACAUUACAAGAGUGGAAAGAUAAACAAAAGGAGUUGGAGCAGUUGAAGAAAGCGGCACCGCCUAUUGAUAUAGAUACAGCACCGAAAUGUUUUGAAUGUGGGUCCCUAGAUAUUGAUUUGAACUUGUAUUCCAAUUUCCGCAAGGUGCGUGCGUGUCGUCUGUGUAUUCGGAAAAUGCCCGAGAAGUAUUCUCUUUUGGUCAAGACAGAAUGCAAAGAAGACUAUCUCUUGACUGAACCGGAACUACAAGAUUUAUCCCUACUUCCGAGAAUAGAGAAGCCCAAUCCACAUGGGUACAGUCGAAUGCAGUUGUUUCUACGAUUUCAAGUUGAAGAAGUUGCAUUCAAAAAGUGGGGGUCAUCGGAGGGAUUGGACUUGGAGUGGGAGAGACGUGAACAAAAUAAACUUAAACGAAAAGAAAAGAAGUAUCAGGAUGCGUUGCGUGAAAUAAGGAAAAAGACUAGGGCUGAAGAGUUUACGAGAAAAUUGAGGCAUGGUAAGUCGUUGAAUGAAAGACAUGUGCAUGAUUGGGCUGCUCCCGUUAAAAUACUGGGUAAUGUGGUAAAGAGACGGUGCAUUGAAUGUGGUAUUGAAAUUGAAGAUGUGAUUAUAUGA